AUGCGAGACUCGUCACAAUCGUUUCCUUCCCAUAUUGGACACGAUAUCGAAAAUCCAUCGCAGUGGGUGCGACUAGAUGAUACCUGGGAGGCAGCCACGCCCAUUCAAGAGAACUCCCCGCCCACUUUGUCAUUUGGCUGUGAAGCGGAUGAAAUGAGCAGCGGUCGGCUCUAUGACGCUGAUUUACCUAACGAACAUGACCAGGUUCGUUAUUUUUACGGCAUUCCAAUGUUUUUUUAG